AAAUGUGUUUAUUUACAAGUGUUAUGUGCACAUUUUUAAUUCAAAAAGUUUAGGUCUACUUUUAGUGGAGUUUCUCUCGGAGCAAAAUACAUGUACAGAAAAAUGACUACAUUCCAAUUCAGAAUUACAGGUUUAAUAUUUGCGCUGUUCAACUCGGGUGUGCUAUCUUUCAAACAGCGCCAACUAGCUGUGAGUCCUUUUACGCCUGGUCAGUUCCCAAUCAAUUCUAUCGUUGUGGACCCUAAGGACGACAAAUCCCCUUUACAUUCUACUGUAUUUUAUCCAGAAGUCGUUGGUACUUUCAUUCCAAUCUAUUUCAUUGGUGGACUUUAUGGUCACGUGUUGUCGGAAGACUACAGCGAUUUUCUGACGGAAGUAGCCAGUCACGGAUUUAUCGUCAUCGGAAUGGACCCGAACUCUCCCUUAUUAGACAGAUAUCAGAUGCACGAGUCGAGAGAGAAGAAAUUAGACUUAUACCUACAACAAAUGAAAUGGUUGGCAGAGCACAUGGGGAACAAGACAAAGUCUGUGGCCGACUGGAGCAGACCGGUACUGAUGUGUCAAUCAGCCGGAUGUGACGACACUCUCGAGAUGAUCCAUCAAAAUAGAAGCAUUGCUAAGGCUUCUGUUUUUAUUGACCCGGUCAGUGUCCACUCACUCGACAUGAAGAUAAUACCAUCCAAAAUAGCCGUGUUAACAUACAUGGCGGAACUGUCCGAGGCGUUUCCCUACUGCUGCAUAGCAGGCAUGGGAUGGAAUAAGAUCUAUGACCUAAUGACUUGCGUCAAGGUCAGGAUGGAGGUCAAGAAAUUCGGACACUGUGAUUUGUUAACCACGCGGCCUGGGCACUCUGUCACGACACCAAGAUCUGCCGGACAACCGAUGACUCCAGGCUACAGGAGUACAGAAGCUUUACCACCGGGAUAGUGGUGGCCUUUCUGCAGUGGACAGUGUUUGGUAUUUCGGACAUGGCCAAAUAUGUCACGCAACCAGCCUUGAUGCCGUUGACUUUAAAAGAUUUUGCUUUUAAUGUAACUUGCUCUACCUAGCCGAGUUUGAAACUCCCUGAGU